AAGGAAAGCAUGGCCGGUCUAGAAUUACUCUCCGAUCAAGGAUUCCGCAUUGACGGGCGAAGACCCCACGAACUAAGGAAGAUCCAGUGUCGUCUUGGAGUGUUUAACCAAGCUGACGGUUCUGCAUACAUAGAACAAGGCAAUACCAAAGUUUUAGCUGCUGUGUAUGGCCCUCAUGAGAUCCGGGGAAGCCGAAGUAAAGUUCUACAUGACAAGGUCCUGGUAAACUGCCAGUACAGUAUGGCCACAUUUAGUACUGGAGAACGCAAACGGAGGCCUCGUGGGGACAGGAAGUCACAGGAAAUGACCAUGCAUCUUCAACAAACAUUUGAUGCUGCAAUCCAAACAAGUCUUUAUCCCAGGUCACAGAUUGAUAUUUUUGUAGAGGUGUUACAGUCUGACGGAGGAAAUUACUGUGCCAGUGUGAAUGCCUCAACACUGGCCCUUAUAGACGCUGGAAUAGCCCUGAGAGACUAUGUGUGUGCAUGUUCCUCAAGCUUCGUUAACGACACGCCUCUAACAGACAUCAACUACCUGGAGGAAUCCUCUGGCAGUCCAGAAAUCAUAGCAGCCACCCUGCCCAAAUCAGAACAGAUUGUGUUUUUAGAAAUGAAUGGAAGACUUCAUGAAGACAAUUUGAGUCGAGUGACAGAUAUGGCCGUUAAAGGGUGUAAGGAUAUUCAUGACAUUCUAGACCAAGUGGUCCGUGACCACGUCAGUGAAGUGUCCACUGUUCAUGGAUGGGAGAACUGAAAAUGGUGCAAUAGGAUGUAAUGUUAUGAUCUGUUGUUAUUGUGACGUUUUACGUCACACCUUUAAAAUCUUGAUACAUAUAGGAUCUUACCUGAGUUUCCAUUUCAUGAGAUUUAUGAAACAAGUCUAAGAAUUUUUCAAU